AUGGUACACGCACGAAAUUUGGUUCCCAAAUCGAUAAUAAAGCCAAUUUGUGUGAGCUCUAAAAACAUAGAAAUUUUGAAACACCUAGACUUAAAAAUAUUUCCCAUAAAAUAUAAGAAUGAAUACUACCAAGACCUGUUAACCAACAAAGAUAAGCAUUCAUUCCUGUUUAUAUAUAACAAUGAAUACAUAGGUGAGGCAUCAUACGAUCUGUGCCACGUCAAAAAACGAUGCUAUCUGAUGACUCUUGGUGUCGUUAAUGAGUAUCGGUCGCACGGACUCGGGUCGCAGAUACUCAGUUUUGUAGAGAAUAUGGUGCGUGGUGAGCGUGUUGAAAGGAUUUACCUGCAUGUACAGCUUAAAAACAUGGUGGCGAGCAGAUUUUAUUUGAAAUGGAGCUAUCGGGUGGUCAAAAUCGAAAAGGAUUAUUACACGAAGUUGGACAGCCAGUGUGCAAUAGUUUUAUGUAAAUAUUUGUGAGUGUGUGUAGAAAUGGUGCCAAUUUUUUGAACUUUUCAUACUUUG